AAUGCCACUUCAAGAUGAAAGUGUUGCACUGUAUAACUACGUCCAUUCUGAUUUCAUCAUCUCGGGCACAAACCUCUCCAAUUUAGCCAUACCUCCCACUAAAUGAUUGGAGCUUCGCGCUCAUCACAGCAUCUUGCGCAGUGUGGGGGUGCGCGCUGAGCUCAGCCCCUCCGCCCCCCCCCCGCCCCUGACUGGUCCACCUCAGGGCGGGGAAGGAGCACUGGCCCGGACGAUCUUGUUCCGGACGUGGGACCUCCCCGUAGCGGCUCCCGCUGGCCAAAUAGGGAAGCGGACUGCCAGCGAUCGCCGAGCUUCGCUCCUUAGAGGGCCCACCCUGGAUCUCUCUGCCAUAUUUUGGGGGGUUCGGAGGAUGCCUGCUGCGACUGAACGGGUAGACUUUUGAGUGUUUUGGUCCGAUUUCCUCCCCAUAAGGAAGCGAACAACUUUUGCCAAGCAGGAUGAAUCCCAGCGAAGGUGCGGCGCCACUGGAGAAAUACAAGCUGGUAGUGGUCGGUGGAGGCGGCGUAGGCAAGAGCGCCCUAACUAUUCAAUUCAUCCAGUCUUACUUUGUUUCUGACUAUGACCCCACAAUUGAGGACUCCUACACAAAAAUCUGUAAUAUUGAUGGUAUCUCAACCCGGCUGGAUAUUCUGGACACUGCUGGUCAAGAAGAGUUUGGAGCUAUGAGGGAACAAUACAUGCGUACAGGAGAAGGUUUCCUCCUUGUUUAUGCUGUCAAUGACCGAGGCAGUUUCAAUGAAAUCCACAAAUUCCACACUCAGAUACUUCGAGUGAAAGACCGUGAUGAGUUCCCUAUGGUCCUUGUUGGCAAUAAGACUGAUCUGGAUCUUUAUCGACAGGUAACUGAAGAAGAGGCCCUUUACUUUGCUCGGGAGAACCGAAUCCCCUACAUGGAAGCCUCUGCAAAGGUCCGAUUCAAUGUGGACGAGUCUUUCUAUGAGCUGGUCCGAGCUAUCAGGAAGUUUCAUGAAUUGGAAUCUCCCCCUGCCCCAGCCUUUCACCCUAAAAAGAAGGAUCGCAAAAGCUGUCCUUGUUCCAUUCUGUAAACUGCCAUCCCACAUGAAGCCACACAGCCUGGAAGAGGAAGAGGAGAGACUCAGAGCAGCAUUUUCCUCGUUCCAGCUCUCCUACUAAAUUGGGACCGACACUGUGUAUUUUUUUAGUUACAUAAAUGUAUUACUAUUUUUCUCUUGUUGCACAGGAAUCUGUAAACUGAGAACAAAGCAGGGACUAGACAAGUUCUUCUCUUCCAACAUAUCCUGAAUCUAUGGGAUCUUCCUUUGUUCUUCCAUGGAAGUUGCUUUAAAGGUGCCCCUUUUUGCCAAGGGGAAGGAAAUUUAUUCAUUUAGAUAAAAGGGAUACAGGAUGGUAAAUUUCAGUGGCAGUCCACUGUUACAAUGAGUUAAAGAAUAGGAAUCAACUGCAAAGGAUCAUUUAUUUCACUGCAGCUAAGGGCAAGCUUUUGCACAUACACAGUUAUCUACAUAUUGAAAGACAUGGUACAAAUGCAUUUUAAAAGGUACUAUAAUUUUUCUAUUCCUUUUUUUAAAAUCGUAGCUUACAGACUUAAGCCACAUUUGGGCCAAACUGCAAGGGAAGCAGCUGCAGACACAAUUAUACUGUCUUGCAAGUUACCAGUAUUGACUUUUUUGUUCUUAAUGCAGGGCUAAAAAGAAGCACACAUUAUAGCAGUGUUUUUCAAACUUAACAACUUUAAGAUGUGUAGACUUCAAUUUCCAGAAUGUGUGGAUCUCAACUCCCAGAAUUAAUCAGCAAGAAGUCCCCAGCCAGCAGCUGAAGUCUUCAAGUUACCAAGUUUGAAAAACAAUGCUUUACAGCAAGGAGAUUUGCAAAGUCGUAGGGAAGGGAGGAAGCUAGCUAACUCUGAUAUUUUAACAGAAGAUUGUGAUGGCUGCCACAAUAUGGUUGCUAUAUUGUGAGAGUCACUUGUCACAAAGCAAUUACUAUGAUAGGUAUGGCCAAUUACAAAAUACAGCAUUGUUUAGCCAACACAAUUUAUUGCAGGGAAAUGGUCGCUGAGCAAAAUGAUGAGUAAAUCAACCUCAUGACAUAGAGAAAUGCUGCAAAGAUCUCAUUCGGAAAAAAAGUUCUCUAGUAUGGCACUACCAGCGUUACUUCCCAGGGUGCCUAGUUGUCAGUGCAGAAAUUUGGUCAUACGUGUGCACAUUGGUCAGAAAAUGAUUUUUUUUUUUACUACUGACUUCUACUGUCAUAUUUGUGAGCAUUCAUUAACUGCAGUAGUCGCUAAACAAGAACUGACUGUUUCCAUCAGGCCAAUAAAUGGUGAGGCUUUCUGCAGAACCAUUUGCUAGUUUCCCAACCUAAAAUGCAUGCUAGAAUCAAGUUUCAAUUCUGUAAGUUGCUCAGUUCGAAAAUUGCUCGGUUGAAGACGUGACCAGCUUUUGUUAAAUUCAUCCUUUCUUCCCCACUUCUGUAAUGUUCUUGUAAGGGAAAGUGAUGUCAAGAACUUUAAAAAAAAAUAGCAAUUCCUUGUGUUAGUAAUUUUUCUUCUCAGUAGGGGUUCCCAACAACUUUAGAGAUACUAUCGUGUUGAAGUAUACCAUCAUUAUUGAAGUAUCAAUACUGCUGUUGCAUACUUAUUUAAUUGGAUGAUUUUUGGCAAUAGAUCCUUGCACUCUGGCAUGCCAUUCAACACUUCAAUCUUCAAUUUAAUUCUUAUUCUUCCAUCAUCCAUCACCUUCCCCAGACCUCAGAUGUGUUAAGACUCCAAAUUUCAGAUGUUAUUAGGGUGGGAGUAGUAGUUAACAUGUUCAGUCUGGAUUGCUUUGAUUAUGGUUACAGAAGCUUGCUACCUUCCAGUCACCCUUACCCUGUCAAGUAGAAAUGGGGAAAAUUAAGGGGAAAGUGUUAGGCCUUGGGCAAUAUACAAGAUAUAGAAAAAAUUCUCAGCAGGCAAGACCAUGUGCAUAACUAGAGAAAGUAUCCUGUGAGACAGCCUUCACUUAUGUAUCUACUGAUGCUCCCAGAAUAUAAAGGUUUGCAGUUUAUAAAGUGAAUGGAUGUAUUGAAUGUCAAGAGUAUAAGUAUCUUGCUUUCUACUCUUCUACCAUGCUGCAGAGCAUGGCAUUCCAGCUAUAAACGCCAAAGAAUCUCCUGAGAAAAGAUUAAAUAAUAAAGCCUUGGGGUUUCUCCCUUAAUUACUUAAUUAAAACUGAUUGUGGCAUAUGCCCUCAUAGGCUAGAGCCUCUUUAUUAAUUUACAGGGUUACAGUUACAAAAAUGUGCUGUAGUGCCAAAGCGAACUCACAAGGAACCAUGGAUAUUUUAAAUUUCUAAAGGAAGCAGCAACAUUUGACAGACUCUAUCAAAUGUAAUUUAAAGUAUUCCAUAGUAGCCUUGCAAAUGUGCUAUUUCUGUUAAGCCAACAGUUCUGAAAUGGCACUAUGAACCAAGAAAGUUUGGGAACUUCUGGUACAAAAUGUUGUUCUAAGGCCAAAAGGAACAUGCAUAGAUGCAUACAUAUAUGUGCACAUAGGCUCUAGGACACAACAGUGAAACUAAAAACUGAUUAAAUGAUAAAACAGCCAUAGCUUGUGAAUGUAUGACUUAACCAUAAUUUUAAUAAACGGGAAACAUUUCCAUUA